GCAGCUAUCAGUUGUUUGAUCGCAAAUGAAGCAAACCAACCAAAUUACUCCAAACGGCAGGAAACCCUAGCCAUCUCCGUCUAUAAAUUAGCUCAUAUCUGGAAGGGCUCUCACACUCGAUCAGUACUGCUCAUUUUUUCAGUUCCACUCGAGCUAAGUGCGGUACACUGAUCAACGAUGGUGUCCUCCAAGAUCCACUGCGCCAUGGCCGCGCUGCUCCUUGCAAUUCUCCUCCCGGUUUCUCAUGCGUCGGGGAGGUAUGUAGCUCCGGCUCCGGCUCCUGUUCCUGUUCCUCCGCCGCCGCGCACCUCGCCGCCGAGCCGUAUCCAGCCGGUCGUCGUCGUCCAGGGCACAAUCUACUGCAAGUCCUGCAACCUCAGCGGCUACAACCGCUACAUGGACGCGUCUCCCCUACCAAAUGCGACGGCGCAGCUGGUGUGCUACGGGGACAAGGUGCUGAACAUGACGAGCACGGCGACGGACAAGAACGGCUACUUCCUGGUGAUGGUGUACAGGCUGGACGUGUUCCGGCGGAGCAGGUGCCGGGUCUACCUGGGCUCGUCGCCGUCGCCGCUGUGCGCGGCGCCGUUCAUCCCGUCGAACAAGUGGCUGGGGCUCACGCUGGAGAGGGAGAGGGUGGCGUCGCUGCCCAAGGGCGUCCGCGGCGUGUACCGCCCCAAGAGCACGCUCAUGUUCGGCCCCGGCACCGGCGGCAAGUGCCCGGCCGCCGCCGCCGCCGACGCCGCCGGCGUGCCGAUGAUGUGAUGAGACGAUCGAUAUUGACAUGGAGAAUUCGAGAUGUGCGUUCACGCAUAUCGCCAAUUUAGUUAGUGGUUUGGUUGGAUGAUGCAUGGUUUAAUUAAGUUCGUGCACGUUAUUUGGAAUUAAUAAUGGGUAGAAAUUAGCUAGCUCGUCUUUUGGUCGAUGGAGCAUUUGUUGUAACCUUGUAGUAGCUCGUCGCUUAGGUUUGCAGUGGUUUUAGUUCGCUCGUCAGUGUAAUGUCAUGAGAAAAAAAAUUAUCUGAGUACGUCUAUCCUUUCGGUCGAUUUAUGAUGAGUUUGUGCAUCU